CGCGAGGCUCGGAGCCCGGGUGUCAGGCGCCACGGCGCAUGCUCCGGAAUCAUCUUCUUUACCCUGGAGCUGCUGCUGCUGCUGCUGCUUUUGCUUUUGGGGCUGAGUUUAAUAAGCGAGCGAGCGAGCAAGCGAGCGCGGGGGGAAAAAGGCAGAGAAUGUCCGCCAUCUACCCUCCGCUCCUGGGCGCGCUCUCAUUCAUAGCAGCCUCUUCAUGAAUUACAGCUGAGGGGGGGCGGAGGAGGGGGGUACCACACAACACCCCAGCAAACCUCCGGGCCCCCAGGCAUGGCUAGCUCGUGUGCCGUGCAGGUGAAGCUGGAGCUGGGGCACCGCGCCCAGGUGAGGAAAAAACCCACCGUGGAGGGCUUCACCCACGACUGGAUGGUGUUCGUACGCGGCCCGGAGCACAGUAACAUACAGCACUUUGUGGAGAAAGUCGUCUUCCACUUGCACGAAAGCUUUCCUAGGCCAAAAAGAGUGUGCAAAGAUCCACCUUACAAAGUAGAAGAAUCUGGGUAUGCUGGUUUCAUUUUGCCAAUUGAGGUUUAUUUUAAAAACAAGGAAGAACCUAGGAAAGUCCGCUUUGAUUAUGACUUAUUCCUGCAUCUUGAAGGCCAUCCACCAGUGAAUCACCUCCGCUGUGAAAAGCUGACUUUCAACAACCCCACAGAGGACUUUAGGAGAAAGUUGCUGAAGGCAGGAGGGGACCCUAAUAGGAGUAUUCAUACCAGCAGCAGCAGCAGCAGCAGCAGUAGCAGCAGCAGCAGCAGCAGCAGCAGCAGCAGUAGUAGCAGCAGCAGUAGCAGCAGCAGCAGCAGCAGCAGCAGCAGCAGCAGUAGCAGCAGCAGCAGCAGCAGUAGUACCAGUUUUUCAAAGCCUCACAAAUUAAUGAAGGAGCACAAGGAAAAACCUUCUAAAGACUCCAGAGAACAUAAAAGUGCCUUCAAAGAACCUUCCAGGGAUCACAACAAAUCUUCCAAAGAAUCCUCUAAGAAACCCAAAGAAAAUAAACCACUGAAAGAAGAGAAAAUAGUUCCUAAGAUGGCCUUCAAGGAACCUAAACCCAUGUCAAAAGAGCCAAAACCAGACAGUAAUUUACUCACCAUCACCAGUGGACAAGAUAAGAAGGCUCCUAGUAAAAGGCCACCCAUUUCAGAUUCUGAAGAACUCUCAGCCAAAAAAAGGAAAAAGAGUAGCUCAGAGGCUUUAUUUAAAAGUUUUUCUAGCGCACCACCACUGAUACUCACUUGUUCUGCUGACAAAAAACAGAUAAAAGAUAAAUCUCAUGUCAAGAUGGGAAAGGUCAAAAUUGAAAGUGAGACAUCAGAGAAGAAGAAAUCAACAUUACCACCAUUUGAUGAUAUUGUGGAUCCCAAUGAUUCAGAUGUGGAGGAGAAUAUAUCCUCUAAAUCUGAUUCUGAACAACCCAGUCCUGCCAGCUCCAGCUCCAGCUCCAGCUCCAGCUUCACACCAUCCCAGACCAGGCAACAAGGUCCUUUGAGGUCUAUAAUGAAAGAUCUGCAUUCCGAUGACAAUGAGGAGGAAUCUGAUGAAGUGGAGGAUAACGACAAUGACUCUGAAAUGGAGAGACCUGUAAAUAGAGGAGGCAGCCGAAGUCGCAGAGUUAGCUUAAGUGAUGGCAGCGAUAGUGAAAGCAGUUCUGCUUCUUCACCCCUACAUCAUGAACCUCCCCCGCCCUUAUUAAAAACCAACAACAACCAGAUUCUUGAAGUCAAAAGUCCAAUAAAGCAAAGCAAAUCAGAUAAGCAAAUAAAGAAUGGUGAAUGUGACAAGGCAUACCUAGAUGAACUGGUAGAGCUUCACAGAAGGUUAAUGACGCUGAGGGAAAGACACAUUCUGCAGCAGAUCGUGAACCUUAUAGAAGAAACUGGACACUUUCAUAUCACAAACACAACAUUUGAUUUUGAUCUUUGCUCGCUGGACAAAACCACAGUCCGUAAACUACAGAGUUACCUGGAAACAUCUGGAACAUCCUGAGGAUAUAACAACUGGAUGCAUCAAAAACUAUUGUGUUUUUUUUUUCUUUGGUUGUGAUUUUUUGUUGUUAUUGUUUAUAUGAAAACACUCAGAAUGAUGCAACCAAAAGGGAAAAAAUAAAAAUCAAACAACCUUCAGCUUUAUUUUUCUUUAAAGCCAGUCAUCAUCUCUUGAUAAAGGAGAGGUUAAAGCAAACCAGCCUCAGCGGACCACUCUUCUCUCCAAGGAAAUCCCCGGGAAGAGUUAGCCUGGAUAGCCUUGAAAACAAACAAAUCAAACACAACACAAGAAAACUCAAAGAAUGUGUAUGGUAUCAUGUAUCUCUCUGUGGUGGUUCAUUCCACAGGACGAACGCAUAUUCAACACACUGCCUUAUUACAUAACUGAUCUAUUUAUUAUCGCAUACAGAUAUUCUAAGUCAUUGAGGGAAUGACACCAUCAGACAUUAUAAGUACUUGGUCCCGUGGAUGCUCUUUCAAUGCAGCGCCCUUGCCAUCCCAAGCCCAGUGACCUUACUUGUAUACCGUGCCACUUUCCACCAACUUUUUCCAAGUCCUUUAACUCGUUGCAGUCUGUAUUUUCCACCUUUUGUUUUUCCAGUUCCAGGACACAGAUUAUCGACUGGGGGGACCAAAUAGCCACCUUGAUUUUCUUCUUUGUGGUCUUUUUCCUGAAAGUUGGGGCCCAGUCCUUGGCUGUAUCCAUGUAAUGAUCUUGGACCAUGGUAGAAAAUGCACCAAAUAGGAUCAUAUGAAUUGCUGUCUAGCCUUAGUCAAUAAACUUGUAGGACUUUUAAACAAAAGUGUACCUGUAAAUGUCCUGAAUCCAGCAUUGUUGAGCUGUCAUCAACAUUCUUGUGUCUGUUUUACUGUUAUAAUACUAGGUAAAUAUGGAAGUAAAGGCAUCCCGCAGGAUCAUCAUUUAAAAAAAAAAAACAAAACAAAAAGCAAUUCUGGUCCUGUUUUCUAAAAGAAAAUGUAGAAAUUCUUAAUUUGGAAAUUUGGAUCUAUUUAUUAGUAAGAGUUUCAGCUUUCUUCAGCUGCCAGUGUGUUAUUCAUCUUUAUCCUAAAAAUCUGGAAUCAGAGAUUUUUGUUUGUUCACAUAUGAUUCUCUUAGACACUUUUAUAUUUGAAAAAAUUAAAAUCUUUCUUUGGGGUAAAAUUCUUGGUUAUUCUACCAUAACAGAUUAUGUAUUAACUUGUAGAUUCAGUGGUUCAAUUCCUGUUUAGUCGCUUACUAAUAUUUCCAGAAGGAUUUCUUGUAUUGGUGAAAGAUGGUUGGGGAUGGGGGGAUAUUUUUGUUCUUGUUGUACCCUUGUUUUGAAACUAGAAAUCAGUCCUGUGGCAUGCAAAAGAAAGCAAAUUAUUUUUAAAAGAACAAAACCAAAGUACUUUUGGUGUCAUUAUUCCAUCUUCUCCAUAAGUGGAGAAAUGAAAAGUAAGAACAGCUCAUCUUCCAAGUUUUUACUAGAAAUUCAACUGAAAAGAAGAGAAAUGAAGAAAUACUUCUGGAUCCAAAGGUUCGUCACUGGAUCAGCCUUAAGAAAGUCUCUAUGUGUGCUAAUAGACCAGUAUCUCCCUUGUUUGUUCCCAUGCCAGAUGCUGUCUUUUCAUACAGAGAUUAACUCGUGUCUGUACAGAAAAUGGUCUUUCCAGACCCAUUCUUUUGGGCAGUUAUAUAAAUGCAGAUUGAUAAUGAGUUAUUUCUGCAUUUUAAAAAGGGGAUUUUUUACACUGUUUCUUUCUAUCCAAAGAAACUAUUUUUCCUUUAAAAAAUUAUAAUACAGCCAUGCUCCUUGUAAAUUAUUUCUCUGAAGCGUCCUCCCAGAGGACAAGUGUACUUUGUCAAUAAUGUUAUGAUUCUUAAUGAUGAUUGGCAUGAACCGUACUUGAAGCAUUUGUUGUAUUGUCCACUUCUCGAUGUGCAGAGAAACUUUGAGUCAUUUUCGACAUUAGGUGAUUGAUGAAUUGUGUGGUUUCAGUUGUGUUUUGUUUUUAACUUUAUAGUUGGAAGGGGAGGGUAAUGUUUAUAUGGAAAUGUUGCAAAUUUUUAAAAAUAUUUUAAAAUUUCUAACUGCUUACAUAUUCUCAUCAAGGCAGAGGUUUAUGUGGUUUAAUAUAUCUGUGUAGUUUAACUAGAAAUGUGUAUAUGUAGUUUGGGCCAUUUUUAUUUCUGUAACUAAACUGUGGGGCAAAAAACAUGAUUUGCCAAUGUAAAAUUUUUUUCCCUUAAGUUGCUAACCAAGAAACUAGGUAAGAUAAGAAAUGACCAAACAAAAAGGAUGAUAAGUAGGGCAGCCAUUAUAUGAUAAACUUUAGACUUGAAAAUUAGGGAAUAAAGUUAAUUUCUUCAGAAUAUCCUAAAAUGUAAGUUCGUAAAUUGAUAAAAUUCAGAAAAACUUAUCCAUCUUCUACUCAUCAAGAUAGCAAAAUAAGUUUUUCACAAAAUUAAGAGUGAGAGUUACGUUAUUUUUUUUGAAGUGAUAAUCUUGCUCUCAUUUGUAAAUGCAGAAAUAAAAAGAUCCCUUUGAAUUAAUUUCAAGUAGUUAUAAUACCUCUCUUAAAGUAACCCCUUCAGUUCUGUCACAUUUAUAUGCACCCAACUUUGAAGCCUAUUAAGAAUAUAUUUGAUACAUGAGUACCCUAACAGUGGCUCUGGUUUCUUAAGCACAAGGGGAAAAUGGCAGGGUUUAAUUUCUUUGGUGUACAUAUAUAAAUAGAUGUUUCAAAUAAAAUUAAUUGGGCGAAUGUGAAUAUGGUUUGAACCAGCCAGAGUAUGAUAAACUUUAAAAAUUUUUUUCCUCAGUGAUUAGCCAGGGGAAAAAACAUAUGUACAGAACUCCUGCCCCUAUACCCCCUUAUAACUUAGCUUUUGCCUCUGGUUUUGCAGCAGGAUGUGUGUUGGUGGGUUUGGGGGUCCUUCUGUCUUUGGAUGUAACAGUCAUAUUAGCAACAAUAUUUUGCAGUUAUUUCACGAUCCUCACCAUAAUCUGCCUCUGUCGAUCUUAAUACAGACAAAUGGGUAUUUCUAUAUGUGCGUUCAUAUAGUAUCAAGGUAGGGAAGACUAUAAAAAAUUCAGAUCAGGAGACAAAAACUUUAGGAAACAAUAUCUCAGAGAGUCCUAAACGUUUUAAAUUGUCAGGCAAAUCUCUCUAAUCUGAAUAUUCACCUUUUGGUGGAAAGAGCCGAUAAUAUUGGAUUUCUUCCACUUUAAAAAGUUUCUUCAACCAAAAAAAAAAAAAAGUGUUUUUUGCCCAUGUCCUUUACAGACCCACCUAAUCUUUAAAAAAAAAAGAGAAGAAACAAUUUUAGGCCUGUAUAACAUCCCAUUUACCACUUCAAGCUCCACAAAUGUAGUUAAUAUACUUGUUAAGAGAGACUUUACUCUUAAAUGUUUUAACUCUGCCUACUUAAUGGAGUUGGAUGUCCAGUGUUGGAAACAGUCAGUGUCUAUUUGGUGGCUUGUGUUUAUUUUUGUCACUGUAGAAGUGAUCCGCUCUGGAGUAAUUUGCUGUAUGCUUAUUACUUUCCACCUUUAGCUUUUUGUGUACUAAUGCUAUGUACUGCUCCUAUAUUUAUAUAUACAUAUAUAUAUAUAUAUAUAUAUACACACACAUAUAUAUUAUCAGAGUAAUCUUGCUUUGGACUGUUGCUCUAAGCUAUGAUGUAGAGACUACUACAGCUGCAGUGAAUGUUAAGGAGUCUGUUCCCAUGGUUUAGUCUAGUCUUGGGCUGGAAGUCUACAUCUUUUAACCUCUUUUGUUUUAUAUGAUGCUUUUUAUUAUGUAGGCACUGCCAUCCCUGAAUAUUCCUUGUAAAGAUGCAUUGAAGAAGUCAAUUUAAAAGGAAGACAAAGCCACCGCUGUCUGUAAACUGUAAAUAUGUAUUUUGGCACUUGUACUCCAGUAUUCUGAAAAUAGAGUUAUGAUGGAAAUGCUGACAGAUCCUUAAUGGUGGCCAGAGCUACCAUGCAGUGCAAAAAUAAAUUAAGUGAAAAUGUAUUAUUGAGAUUAACAGUGCAAGGCCAAUACCUUUUAUAAAUCUGUCAGUAUCUUUUUAAUGGACUGUGUAUGUGUAGUUAUGUUGAAAGACACACUGUGUAUGUGUACAUGCUUUUGUGUGAAUUCAAGGCACACUAAGAUGUAUUUCCCUUCUCUAAAAUCCAUGUUGAAAUGUAAGUACAGAUUGAUAGAAAUAGGUGUUUUACUUAAACUCAUAUAAUCUUGUUGCAGCACCGUUUUUAAAAUGUGUAAUUGUACUGAUUUGCUAAGAGUCAUUUGACCAAAGUUUGGCUUUAUUUUGCAUAGAGGAAAAAUUAGCCCUUAGCCUUUUCUCAAAAAGUGAUGCUGUUUCUAAAGAAGAAUAGAUGGGGAGAUCUGAGGCAUCCAGAGAAAGGACAAUGUGUCCAAAACCAGCUGAAGGCAGAGAGUCCACGCCUCAUUCAUUUUAGGAGUCCCUCAUGUCUAGCACCAUCUUCUGUGUCCUAAAGCCAGUAUAUAUAUUAAUUUUUUAAAGCUCUGCAAAGAUUGGAACAAGAAGUGGUGGGAUGCAUUCUUGGCAUAAACUGGGCUAUGUAUGCAUGAUGUUUUUUCUUUCUUCCCCAUUUCUUUGGAGGGUUUUGUUCAGGAAAAAUGUGCUAUAGCCAGAGACAGUCCAUCUUACAAAGUCCCUGCAUUUACUUUCACAGCAGGAACUGCUACCUUGAUUAGACAGGAAGAAGAGCAACUACAACAAAGAGAAUAAAAUACAUUCAGUUUGGUAAAUAA